AUGAUGAAUAGUUUGGUCACAAGGGUUAGAAAGACCAACAAUCUUACAAUUGUUAAGGAAUAUGAUAUUCCAUAUGAAUUGACAAAAACAACCAGAGGGAAGAAGUUUUUGUUUUACGAUUCUGGAAUACAUGAUGAGAACAGAAUUGUUGUAUUUACAACUAAUGAAAAUAUUUUGCAUCUCAUCAAUUGCAAAAUAAUGAUUUGUGAUGGCACUUUCAGAUCUGCUCCUAAAAACUUUGAACAAAUUUUUACCUUACAGUGUAAUGUUAGAAAUAAAAAUUUGCCUCUUUUGUAUUGUUUUAUGAAAACAAAAAAUGAAUAUUCUUAUAAUAAGCUUUUUGAAUGGUUAAGUAAAGAAAUAAAAGAAGAAGUAAUAAAAGAGAAGAAUAUUAUUUUGGACUUUGAAAGAGCUAGUAUGAAUGCUCUUAAAAAGUUUUUUACAAGUUCUAAAC